AUGUUAUUAACUCGAUAUAUUGCAUGUAAGUUUUCUAUUCCUUUUUUAUUUCAAAAGGUUAAAAUACAAAGGUACGGAACUAUUAAAAUGGCAUUACCUUCCAUUGUUGAAAAGCACAGACCAGCAUCUUCUCCAGAGUUUGAUUAUUCUACUCUUUCCAAUUAUACUAAAUUUGCUGUCAAACAUACCAAAUUAGAUUUGACUGUUUCCUUUGAAAAAUCUACCAUUGCUGGUUCUGUUUCUUUACAAUUAUCUCCUAUUGCUAAAGCUGAAUUAAUUGAAUUAGACACUUCUUUUCUAUCUAUAUUUAAAAUCAAUGUUAAUAACACACCAGUAAAGGAUUUCAAAAUUCAUGAACGUAGAGAACCUUUAGGCUCCAAAUUGACAAUUGUUCCAGCUAAUGUUGAAUCUAUUCAAUCUGACUUCACUUUAGAAUUGGAAUUUGAAACUACUGAUAAAUGUACUGCCUUACAAUGGUUAAACAGUAAACAAACUAAUUCCGAUCAUCCAUAUGUUUUCUCUCAAUUAGAAGCUAUUCAUGCUAGAUCAUUAUUUCCAUGUUUUGAUACACCUGCUGUUAAAUCUACAUUUACUGCUAACAUUGCUUCUCCAUUACCUGUUGUGUUCAGUGGUAUCUCUACUGGUUCUACUAAAGGAUCUAACGGUUUAACUACAUAUAGCUUCAAACAAGAAGUGCCAAUUCCAGCUUAUUUGAUUGGUAUUGCCUCUGGUGAUCUAGUUAAAGCUAAAAUUGGGCCACGUUCCCAUGUCUACACUGAACCAUAUCGUUUGAAGGAUGCCCAAUGGGAAUUUGAAGGUGAUGUUGAGCAGUUUAUUAAAGCUGCUGAAUCCAUUAUCUUUGACUAUGAAUGGGGUACAUAUGAUAUCUUAGUUAAUGUUAAUUCUUAUCCUUAUGGUGGUAUGGAAUCUCCAAACAUGACUUUUGCUACUCCUACCUUAAUUGCUCAUGAUAAGACAAAUAUUGACGUGAUUGCCCAUGAAUUAGCUCAUUCUUGGUCUGGUAAUUUAGUUACUAAUUGUUCAUGGAACCAUUUCUGGUUAAAUGAAGGUUGGACUGUUUAUUUAGAAAGAAGAAUCUUGGCAUAUUUACACGGUGAACCACAUAGACACUUUUCUGCUUUAAUUGGUUGGAAUGAUUUACAAAACUCUAUUGACUCUAUGAAAAAUCCAGAAAGAUUCUCUACAUUAAUCCAAAACUUAAACGAUGGUACAGAUCCAGAUGAUGCCUUUUCAACUGUGCCAUAUGAAAAAGGGUUUAACUUCUUAUUCCACUUAGAGACAGUUUUGGGUGGUACUAAAGAAUUUGAUCCAUUUAUCAAGCAUUAUUUCAAAAAAUAUGCUAAGAAAUCUUUAGAUACCUAUGAAUUCUUGGAUACUUUGUAUGCUUUCUUCCCACAAAAGAAAUCUGUUUUAGAUAACAUUGAUUGGGAAACUUGGUUAUAUAAACCUGGUAUGCCACCAAAACCAAAAUUUGAUACUACUUUGGCUGAUAAUGUUUAUUUAUUAGUUGAUAAAUGGGUUAACAACUCUCUUGAAUUUACAACUGAAAAACAAUUUAUUGAUACCUUUUCUUUACAAGAUAUUAAAGAUUUUAAUUCAAAUCAAAUUGUCUUGUUCUUAGACACUUUAGUCCAAUCAACCAAGAUUGAUUGGACUAAGCAUGAAUUAGCCUCUACUUCUUUGCUAAAGAUUUACAACUCCAAGAUUAUAAAGUCUCAAAAUGCUGAAGUUAUCUUCAGAACUUUCAGAUUCCAAAUCACCGGUCACUUAGAGGAAUAUUAUCCUCAAUUAGGUGAAUGGUUAGGUACAGUUGGUAGAAUGAAAUUUGUUCGUCCAGGUUACAGAUUAUUAAACUCUGUUGAUCGUAAAUUAGCAUUAGAAACUUUUGAAAAAUUUAAGGACUCAUACCAUCCAAUUUGUAAGGCUUUAGUCAAACAAGAUUUGGAAAUCUAA